UGAGGCGAUCCCAGCCGCGAAAACAGCCACAACGAAGAGGACGAAGACGCCGGCACUGGCGUGCUUCUCAUUGCUUUAUUCAAGAGAACAAGUCACUGUAACAAACGUCGAAGAAUUCAUUGAGACGAUUAUCAAUCAUCGCAAAUCCAAUGGCAUCGUCUCCCUCGAACGAAAAUCGGCCCAAGCUCCCGGGUCGGUGCGACAUUUGCGAUUUAAAAGAUGGGAAACGAGGCAUGAACUUCGUCCAGUGUAGAAUAUGCAAGGUGUGUGUCCAUAGGGAAUGCUAUCUAGUGUUUCCAGAAGGCGAUGGGAAAGAUUUCGUCUGCUUCGGUUGUUCGUAAGUUCAGUACCGCACUAUCUCAUUUUGUGGUCUUCCACAGCGAAUACACCGCGAGGAAUCUUAGGUGGUGGAAUCGCAUUUGGAUUUUCUCUUUUAACACUUGUUUUCUUUCUUCCAUACGUAACUUGUUUUCUCGUCCACACGCAACCCAAACAGAUCUAUUGGCAAGACCUGCCAAGCCGUGGAUACCCAUAGGAGCACUCACUUUUACGAAAUCGAGCAGAAGAAACGGCCCACGGAAUGUGCCUUGUGCAGUGUUUCGGAUGGUACCCAUGCGAUGUACCCCCUGUUCGAUUAUCACGGAGCGGGAGGGCGUCAGAUUUGCUACACCAGCAAAACGAACAACAAGGACGGCAACGUCCGUGGCGAGAAAGUGUUGGCGUGGGGCCAUGCAUUGUGUUGUUUGUACCUCGCCUCUGUAAAUUUCAUGUAUGCCUGCUACAAAGAUGGAGAUUACAUUGGUAUGGAAGAAGACGAAGAGGAGGAUCCGGACAGGCGUCCACCAAAUCCUGAACUGAGGAUAACGAACGAGUUUCGUCGCAUGUACGGUGAUGCCAUGCCUCAUUUUCGGUAUUACAUGACGCCGCCAGACGGGAAGCUGGAUCCUUGGACAAAAGCUGUUAUCACAAAUCAAAAGGAACUGAAAUGCAUUGAAUGUGGUUUGCUAGACCACAGGAACUCAAUGAGAAUUCCGUUGCAGUGUGUUGCAAACGAUCCCGAUGAGUACUUCGAACACAAAGACAAGCACAGACUGAGAAACGAUGAUGUCCGGCCCUGCACACAAGCGCUCCACGUAGGCUGUGCUCGAUGGAAAGACAAAUCGACAACAGUUCGGAAAUGUUUUUAUUUUCCGGGUCUUACGAAUAGCGACGGCACUAUUCGAGAAAAUAUAGAUACAGUACAUUGCCUGUACUGCAAAAAUCAUGCCGAAAAUAUCGACGAAAACUUUCAGAAACAACUCAAAAAGGAAAAGGUAAUGUUGCUCCAGAAGCAAAAGCAGCAGCAUAGAAAUCAAGCAAAAGGAUUUCCAAAGCUUCCUAGUUUGAAUACAAAAAAUGUUCGUAAACGGCCUCCAUCUCCUGAUGCUACACCACUACCAUCAUUUUCGAAGAGAUCUGUCCCAAAUAUGUCGGUUACGAAUUAUCCAACAAGAAAUACGAAGAAUGCUUCACUCACUUCGUUGAAGGGGAACAAAGGUAAGGGAAAACACAAGAACAAAGGUAAAGAGCGACACAAGGAACUCGAUCCCUCUAUAGCUACCCCUGUCAAUGCCGGCGAACAGCCGAAGUUGGGAAAACGACGUCGGGAAGUAGCAAACGCAAUGUCUGUAGGUGUCUCAAAGAGGGAUUUGAAUAAAAUAUUUGAAGAUCUUGUGAACCACGAACAAGAAAUUGUGAAGAAUGCAACCAUGUCUCUUACAGGUAGGAGAAGGUUUUGGAAACACAAAUUUUUGGGUCUCUCGACAAGAGAUUUCGAUGGAAUCUGGCACGAAGCUGUAGAAAAAAUUCGAAACAGGAAUAAAAAUACCGAUCGCAACAAACCGGAUAUGCCUCCUGGCAAGAAUGAUCGUGGUUCCACUUUUGUGGACUCUGUGAACAACACAUUCGACCUGACAACUUACCGUGGUUGUGGUGAUAGCGAAAUCAAUGUCGAGAGACGUAGCGGUUUGGAUCCCCCAGGAGAUGAAAAGGCAGGAACCAUCGAUGAUGGUGCGAAAAAUCAAAGCUCGUGCAAAAAGAAAGAAAAACAUAAAGAAAUUGUUCAAGACCGACCUCCUGAUCGAUGGGCAAACCUUUUCAUUGGGCAGCGAUUCGAAAUGGGAUGUGAAUUCACCUUGGACAAGUUCGAAGAAAAUGGUGUUGAAUGAUUUCAUCUUUGUUAUUUGUUUAUCAUCGAUUAAGUUACAGCAAGGACUACACCUGUGUAUCACAAAAUCUGUAGAAAGUUUUGAGACGGCGAAAACUAAAGAUGUGAAGCAUUUCUACCGUACCCUUUGUAACCUUUCGGAUCCUUCCGGUCACACUUCGUUACUUCUUCAAACGCAUCUUUCACAUCUGUUUCGUAACUUUUGAACCAGCUAAGGUUUGAAAAUACUAGAAUAUAACUUGGAUAAAUGU